AUGGCUUCUCCAUCUCUGUCACUGGCAACAAUCCUCCCGGACCAUCGUCUCGAGCCCUUUGCCAUCCCUACCUCGUCCGGCUCCACCGUAUCUGGAUUCAGUCGCGGCUUGGGCGAGAAUGCGCCGGUUUUGGUGCUGAUUCAUGGGUAUCCAGAGACCAAUUUCAUGACUGCUGCGAAUGCUGACGACCUACUGGCCUCAGGUGGCGCCAUGUACGUAUAUACGUUUAUCAUCUAUAACCUGUUUGGCUACAUUCAGCUAACAAACCAGGUCAUCCGACUGCUCCCAGCGAAUAUCCCCCUCUUCGUCCCUGACAUCCCCGGCUACGGCGCCAGUACGCCGUCCCAGACGUCCCACGACAAGGCGACCAUCGGAGCGGCCAUCCUCGACGCGCUGACGAGCCUGCUCGAGAAGACAUCUGCGCGGUCCCGCCCCUACGAAAUCGUCCUCGCCGGGCAUGACCGCGGCGCACGCAUCUGCCACCGUCUGGCGGUCGAUGCAGACACGUACGCAAACCAGUUCACCAUUCUGGGCACCGUGCUGAUGGACAUUGUGCCCACGCUCGUGCAGUGGCAGGGCAUGACGCGCCCGGCCGAAGCGGUGGGAUUCUACCACUGGCCGUUCCUGGCCAACGUCGACCUGGCGACGGAGAUGAUCCAGGCGAUGGGCGGAGACGUCUUCGUGAGGCGCCUGUUCCAGCGCGGGUGGGGGCAGCUGAGUGCGCGGGGGGCAGAGAACCUAGCCAAAGACGGCGCGCUGGAGGUGUACGAGACCUCGUUCAAGCAGGAGAGCGUCGUCCGGGCCAGCAAUCUCGACUACGCGGCCGGCGCGAGGGAGGACGUGGAGCAGCAGACGAAAGACCAGGAGGCAGGACGCAAGCUGGCGGUGCCAACGCUGGUGCUGUAUUCGGCUGCGGGGAUCGGACGGCGAUUCGACGUGCCAGGCGUCUGGCAGGACUGGGUUGUGCCUGGCAAGGAGCUGCUGGUAGCUGAGGGGAUUGGCGAGGGGGCAGCGCACUUUUUUCCAGAGGAGAAUCCGGAGGAGACGGUGGAGAAGAUGCAGGGCUGGUUUGGACGGAUUGGGGUGUAUCACUAG